UAUCAAGAACCCUUCUCCCCAUCAAGAACAAAGGAUUUCAAAGUUGUAAAGUAAGAAAAAAUGGAGAAUCCGAAUAGGGUUAGCUUGGGUCCGAUGAGUUUCGGAUCCUCCAUUGAAAUGUUCGACUAUUUCUACAAACUACUUCAUUCUUGGUCAAUCGAUUUCAACUUCAAUGAGUAUGAACAUUUGGUGUUGAUGGGAUUAUUUGAAAAGGGGCAGGAAGUGAAAACUGGAAAUGGAAUUUGUGGGUUUCAAAUAAGACAGCAUCCUCUGUAUAAAAGCAGAUGUUUUUACAUGAUUAGAGAAGAUGGUUCAGUUGAAGAAUUCAGCUUUAGAAAAUGCAUUCAUUAUUUGAUUCCAUUGCCUGAGAAUAUGGUUCCUAUAUCAGAUGUUAACAAGGUAUUGAAACGUAAGGUUGAACCGAAAAAGGGUAAAUAUGUAACCCGACCCGUUUAGUUAAGGGUAUCUAAAAUUUGGUAGAUUGAUUCAAGAUGUUACUUUUGUUUAUGGGUUAUUUUGUUUUAAAGUGUUCUUAUUCUUAGUUGAAACUUAUAGUUUAAUGAACAUGACACAAAAACAGAGUGAAGAAAUUGUCAAAUCUUAGUUGUAUGUGGAUC